ACUAGUCAGGGCUCAGCCUCCGAAGUGAAAUACUACGGUAACGGCGAAUUUGUAACUUAUUGUUAUUAAUAUUUCAUUAACCAACUCUCAAGAAAGGAGGAGGACCCCAAAUCAGCAGAUAAGACAAGAAUCCUGAAGAAAGAAAUGGCAGAAAAGGAUGAAGCCGUUCCAACUGAUAAAAGUGCCAACAAGCCGGAAGAUGCCGCCCGUGAGGGUGAAGAUAACGAUGCUAGAGAAGAGGACAAUGAUGACCCCCUUCCUGGCUGGUUGCCGCCGGAACGUGUUGACUACAAGCAAUUCGAAGCAUAUAUGACGUGCGUAGACAACGAUGGUUUUAUUUACUUAUACGACUUUGAUCAACAAGUCACACGGAACCUUAUACGUAACACAUUAUAUGCCAAAUAUAAAUUGGAUUUUCGCCCUGGUGAGCCUAACCCAGAAGCAAUGACUGCAACAUGGGAGGUGGGGGAACCGUGCAUAGUAUUACGGGGCGCGUGUCUGACCUUUAGAGGAGUAGUGCGUAAAGUAUACCAACAGAAGCUUACGUGUCUCGUUUAUUACAUAGAUUAUGGCAAUGAAGUAGUGGUCUCCUUUGGAAGUUUAAGAAAAGGUGCUGACCUCUGCCACAUUCCGAUACAAAUACUCAAGUGUGCGUUAAAUCGUAUACAUCCUAUUGGAAACCAAUGGAGCCAAGACACAAUACAGUUCCUCCGCAUAUCUCUUGUUGAAAAAUCAGCCGUUGUGAAAGUAGUUGGUGAAGCAGUAGACGGAGUAGUACCAAUAGAGCUAAAGUAUUGUGGGAUGUGUGUAAAUGACGUGUUAGUGGAUUUCGAAAGGGCUGAAUACGAAGAUGGCAUCGUGAGAUAUUGUUCUGCUGAAGAGAUCAAGGAAUUACUUGAAGAAGAUACGCUUGAUUCUGAUGAGCCAUCUUCAUCUGCCGCAAGCUCAAAGGAAGAUCAACAGCCUGCAAGUAAUGUCGAGCUCGUUACCUACCCAAAAUAUAGUGGUAAUGAAUAUCCGUGUUUUAUGAGUGAAAUUAAUGGUGUUAGAAAAUUCCCAGUCCAAAUUUUUUACGAAGAUAAAGAAUUGGACAGUCAGUAUCGAGCUAUGCACGAUGAGCUCCAGUCGGAAGGUAUGAAUAUGCCACCGCUGAAGGAAAUAUUUGAGGAUAAGCCAUGUAUUGUAUUAAGUGCCGACAACUGUGAAUGGUACCGCGCAUCGAUUAUCCUAUUCAGCAAGAGAGAAUGUCUUGUUCAAGUUAAGUAUGCUGAUCAUUCUGACGUUGAAUUUAUCCCGUUGGAGAAUACAAGGGAGAUUAGUACAAAAUGGCUAAAGCUUCCUCCCGCCAAUUUAUAUGUCAAAAUAUUCGGCCUGCGCAUGAACCGAAAGGCAGAUAUGAAUAUUAUAAGAAGGCGAUACUUUGAAGCUUUCUUUCAACAAGGACCUUUUAUGUUGUCCAUCAAGGGUUACGAAGGUGUUACGCCAUUGGUAGAGAUCAGAGAUGAAGAUAAUGAUUUGGCAUACGAAAACUUCAUAGAAAAUGAUAUGUUGAUUAAGAAUUAAUCGAGUUUAACUAUGUAUGUACUUAAUAGGUUUUGUUUACA